GUGGUUCAAUGAGUACUCUGACCCAGACUAUGCACGAGCAGGCUUCCGGGCAACACAGCAGGUCUUCCUGGACCAAGGUCCUCUACCUCAGUUCCAGCACUCUUUGGAACCUCACCUAAGGCGGUUGGGCCUGCCCACUAGCCUCCAAAAGGGUGUGGUGACAUUGGUGAAGGACCACGAGGUGUGCAAGGAAGGCGAGGUGCUGAAGCCAGAACAGGCAAGCAUACUGAAACUGUUGGGCAUCAAGAUGGCCACCUUCAAGAUCACCAUGGAGUUCCUAUGGAAUUCAGAUGGAACCUGUGAGGUGCUGUGCGAGAGUACCAACGAGUUUGGCAAGAAGAACAAGUCAGUACGAGGUAAGAAGCGACAAAAGCUUGCAGCAGAGGAUGACGAAGGCGAAGAAGACGAUGACGCUGACAACGGCAGUGAAGAAGAAGAGGAAGAGUUGGACAGUGCUGGUGAAGAGAGCGACGAAAGUGAUGUUUCCUUGAACGGUGCGGAAGAUGCGGUCAAGCAAAGGCCUAAGAAGGUUGCAGUUCGGUCAAAGAGGAAGAAAUAAAGUAAAGUUUUAGAAGUCA